AUGGAUGCCAUCGGAGCAAUUCUCAACCUGACAUCAUUGAUAGAGCUAGCAUAUAAAGUUACCGCCAAUCUGUCUAAAUACUACUCAGACGUCAAGGAGGCGGAGAACUCGCGUCAACGCUUCACUGAAGAGCUUCGUGCUGUCGUUCAGACAUUAGAAUCUCUGAAAGACCUUCACGAACGAUUGUUGCAGCAAUCUUCGACUGAGAACCGGAUGCGCUUGGCAGCUUUGGAUCCGAUUCUGCGAGAGAAUUCGGCUCAGACGAGCUUCUACAUGAGCCUGAAGGAUUUCAUGGAGUGGCUGGAGAAGAAAACCGCUACACAGAGUCGCAUGGGUCGCCGGGAGAAGUUGAGAUGGCCUCUAAAAGGCAAGAAGAAAAUCGAGAAGCUUAUGCCUUAG